GCCCCAAGCGGCUCAUGCGUAGGGCACGUUCCAGCAUUGCCGGUGACUGACUCUGUGACAGGCUAUUAUAAACGACUCCAUGCCCAUGGUGCACCACGUACCGGUGACAAGGUAUGAUCUCAGUUUGUGUGGGCGAAAAGUUCAUUCAGCGAGCUCAGCAUCAGGGAUAGCCUGGCCACUGACUGAGCCAAGGCAGUCGACCCUGUAGCGUGUAGGCUGAAUGUCCUUCAGUAUCUUCUUCACUGCCUUCAGCUCACCAACUUUAGUCUGAUCGGUGGAGUAACUCUCGAGCGAAACAAGAUACAGAACCCAGUGUAUCUACGAGACACAUUGGGGAGAAAGCUAGAGGUAUCGGUUGACCUGGAAGAUAAGUACAGCAUCGCUAGUUGUUGGAACCGGCUUUGAGCUUCUCUUCCGGAACGGAGCUAGCCGUGACUAGAAAGUGAAGUCGGCUUCGGCCGGGAGCGUCCAGGCAUGGAAACAGUGAUUUCGUCCCGGCGUGUUCCAGUGCUCGCCGUUCACCUGCUCCUGGUUGGAUUUGUGCUCGUCCCGGCACCGGAAUUAUUUGUCAGUUCUCAGACGACAGAGGUGAUGCUGGGUGGAUGCAAUUCCAGCGUGGUGGUUACAGAUGGGCCAACGCAGGGGUCUAUACUUGUCACGCCGAGCUACUCCUGCGACCCCGGGGUUCAGAUGCUCACAUGCAGUAUCAGAUACAUUCUGGAAUUUCUGGAAAGUCAGCAAACUCGGCUUCUGAAUGUGACGCAGUGCAACCAAGGAACCGUAUUGCCGCAAAAUAUUUCUGGUCUGAACACCCGGUUCCUGUACGACGUAUUUGCAGCUGGCACGACUUCAACCAACACACCAGUCACCCUAUCGGGUCGGGAGCUGGUAUUUCCGGGCUGUGGUGAGCUGUUUUCGUGUUCGAUGAAAGGGGACAAUGCUCAGAACUGCUAUACCGAAGCGGAGAGGUGCAGUGGUGGUGCGCCACAGUGCAGUAUUGACUACGCGGACGAGCGAGGAUGUGCUGUGCUGACUGUGAUCCCGGCAGUGCCAUCAAGAGCACCUCUUGGCUCUAGCAUCAGACUGUUGUGCAAUGCCACUCCAACUACACCGACAACAAUUACUCUGGAUUGGGCCUUUCAAGACGAUGCCAACUUUGCUCAGACAUUGCCUGACGUAUCGAUCAGCAGCCAAAACUACCGGCUACUGAGUGGCGCAAACUAUUCUAUUUCCGUGCUCGACAUCGCAAACUUCACCACAGCCCACCAGGGGAUGUACGACUGCCGCUAUGGCCAGUUCCAAUUACCUGACCAGCCAGGGGUACCAUUCGUAGAGCGAGUUUCUGUGACUGUCAUCGCUGACGGAGCACUGUCAAUGGCAGGCUGUCAGAGUCCAGCGGAUGGAUUUCUCUCUGUGUCGCCAGAACAGCUUUUCUACCAGGUCGGUGACACCGUCACCUACACUUGUCCAUUCAUGCCUUUGUUCGGCUCUGCGGCAAGCCAGUCUCGCUGCCUGGCCACAGGGUUAUGGGAUCCACAACCUCCAGUUUGUCAAGAACUGCCACACCUGGGCAUUCAGACAGUCUCUUUCGUCACGUCGGCGGGUAUCAGAUUCCGCUGCCAGCUCGCCAGGUCUACCGGAUUUUCUCAAGUUUUGUCAGCUGUAAUAUUGAACUCUACUGACCAUGCAGUUGUACAACUCCCAGUUGCCUUGCCGCAACGAAGAAGACGAAAUAUAGGCCCAGUGGCGAAUGUUGGGGAGUCGUUCUUUGGUACUGCAAUUGCUCGGAACAGUGACAGUUAUCGGUGCCAAUUGAACGUCGCUCGCAUGGCUACGAAUGGUCAGCAGCAGGAACUGGCAACGUAUGCAGUUACGUCUCUUCCUGUGGCAGUUACUGUUCGUGAUUUAUCCGUAACGGCAAGCAUACGGCCAGCCAUCAUCCUGCCAUCCAACAAUGCCACACUAGUUUGCGAUGUUGGCGACUUGAGAGCGGUGGAUUCCGUAGAUGUGGAGGGCGACUCGAGCCCGAUGGGAACAGUUUACGCGGCCAACACAACUGACAAUAUCGGCGAGCUUGGAAUAGCAAGAGUGGGUCUGUUCUUUGGUGCUACCACCACAGCAAGUAGUGUGCUGCUUCCACUGGUGAAUGUCAGCAUGGAUCAGAAUGUCACCUGCUCCGUGCGCUGGAUAGGCCUGCGAGCGGCAAUGAGACAGACGGCUGCACUGUAUGUAGCUCGAGAGCCAGAAGGUGAAGUUAACUCUGUCAGUCCUGUGAGAGGCCUGGGACGGAGUGCUUUCAACGUAACAUUCUCUGUCCUUGACGGUGGAUUGCCGUUGCUGACAAGUUGUCAGCUAAUGCUGUCCGUGGGCACGAAGAACGUUUUCGAGACGCUGCCGUGUCCGACAGUGGGGAAAAGUGUCAGCUACGUAACGACGUCGGCGCUAGGGGAAAACACGGUCUACAUGGUCAGAGUCAACUUGAUGAAUGGCUUUGUAACAGGAGGGAUCACUUUCCCGUCUGGUGUCUCCACAGAAUGCCGCUUUGCAGAAUGCAGCACGGCUCCAGCUGGACGUGUGUGUUAUGAUCAAGGUCAAAUCUGUGACGGAAUCAACGACUGUGCGAGGUAUCCUUACGAUGACGAAAGCAAUUGCGGUUAUCUGGUUACCCCGGUUCAGCAGAUAACCACUGCAGAGAACUCUACAGCUGUUAUUCCGUGUACCUUUGUGACAAGUCGGGUCUCGGGCAGCUUGCCGUCUGCGAAUAUUGCCAGCAGUGCAUUUGCACCGCAGUGGUACCGGCCCGAAGUAGAGGACGAGUUUCCUUUUAGCGACGACGGCGUUGUUGGCGGCUGCCCGUUCUCUUUGAUCGGCCCCACCUCGCAGAGGCUGGCUAAUGGCUCUUACAUGCUGACCACCAGUAUAUCGUUUGUCCCGUCGCAAUGCCCCGGUAACACGCCAGUAGCCUGCAGGGCGCUGUCGACCACAUCUCUCGGCGAGGUGUACCGGCAACUCUUGCGGGUUGUACUUCUCUCUGGUGAUACCUGUCCAGAAUCUCUUAUACCAACGCCGGUGAAUGGUGAGAAGCUGCCGUUACAACUGCCAGACUAUGCCGAGUCCACUACGGCCACCUUUUCCUGUGAUCCAGGCUUCAUACUACUGGGAUCUGAUGUCUUGACGUGUCUCAAUACGUCGCUCUGGUCUGACGCCGUGCCCAGCUGUGAAUUCGAUCAACAGUUACAACCGGUGCCAACUGUGCCACAGGUGGUCGCCUUAGCUUCAGCAAACUUUACUAUGUCCUUCACUGUUCUUCGUGAGAGUGCUUUCCCCGUCGACAGGAGUUCAAUAAGCCUCUACCUUACUGACAGUAGUAACAUGCAGCGGCUAGUGAACCAAUCUCGCUACAUCGUCGGUGAUGGAUUUGUGACAGUUGAUGACCUCAUUGUGUAUAACAUCACGCUGCUGAAUGUUCAAGUGGCAGAUGUCGGGCUGUACUCUGUUUCCUUGUUACGGCGCGGUAUAGAACCGACUGUCUCCAGUGCGUUGGCCUCCCUGCAGAGAGUCAUAGGUUGCGAUCCACUGGUUGAAAUCGAAGUGACCAACGGUUGCGCCGCUGACCAGGACUCAGAUCAAAUCCCGGAUGAUAUGGAUCCGUGUCCACUUGACCGUACAAACACUUGCGCUAGUGACGUUGACUGUCCACGGGAUGUUGACUCGGUCUGGGCUUUGACAUGGACACCAGUGGCAGCUGGAGCUAUUGCACAGCAGCCGUGCCCUGCUAACAGUCAAGGCAUUGGAAUGGCCACCCGAACAUGUUCUCUAUCCGGAGUAUGGGAUGCUGCUAAUGUCACUCAGUGCGGUUCAGUUGCUCUACUGGAGCUUACUGCCUUGAUUGCCACAACAGCGAAUACUCCUCAAGAACUACCAACGGCAGAGGAGACCGUCAGUCAGUUGAGCAAUUUAAGUGCCCAGGCCCUGUUUCCUCAAGAUGUGACGGCCGCUCUGAGUGCUCUUCAAAUCUUGCUCAACCAAGCACAGGGCCGGCAGACUCUGGGAGUGAAUGCUACUUCGGACGUGUUUCGGCAGGGAUUUGUGGAGACUGCGAGUAACCUUGUGGACAGUAUCAACACAAGAGCCUGGACAAGCUUGGAGUCAGCCAGUCCGGACUUGGAAAGUCAAGACCUGCUGGCUGUGAUUGAAGAUUUCACCGAGUUUGAGUCCGGCCUCCAACAGGGUAAUGUCAGCGAGGAGGUCCGCACCAACACAUCAUCAGCAAAUUUAUUUCUUCUCUUUGUCACACUGCCAAGACCUCAAGCAUCACAAAUAGUACUCUUCUCAGCCGAGGACAAUACGUCGGAAACUGUCAACCUGCCCGCUGAGGUCUUCGAGAGGAAUGGAGCAACUCGGUAUGCUGCAUCAUCUUUCGCUGGAAUUGGCAGUCUUCUUGUGCCUAGUACGCGUUUGGUUCCCGGUGAGUCAUUGGAAUCAAACUCCCGCUUGCUGACUAUCGUGGUCAGCACACCGAAUGGCUCGCGACAGGCCGUACGCGACUUGGGCGACCCGAUCACAUUCUCGCUGCGUCACUUUAAUAGUACAAGCCUUCGCAAUCCAACGUGUGCAUUCUACAACUUUGCUGUAGUGCGGGAGGAUGGUGUAUCGCUUGGUGGAUGGGAUAAUGAUGGACUGGAGCGCAAUGCCGAAGGGUCAGACGAAGAAGCUCUCGGCUUGACACUGUGUUCAACCGUUCACCUUACAAGCUUUUCUGUCCUCGUGUCAGCAAACAUAGUUGGGGGUGCGAAUGCGGAAGCGCUGCGUUUCAUUUCCUACAUCGGGUGUGGCAUUUCCCUUGUAUGCCUGGUGAUUGUAGCCUUUGUCUUCAUCUACUUCAAAUCCUUACAUAAUGAUCACAACGCUAUACACUGCAAUCUUGCUAUCUCGCUGGGACUAGCUCAACUCAUCUUCCUUAUCGGAAUCCAGCGAACAGAGAAUGCGAGUGUCUGCACAGGGUUUGCAGUGGUCCUGCACUACUUCUUUGUAGCGGCGUUCAUGUGGAUGUUCGUGGAGGGUUUGCAGAUCUACUUCAUGCUUGUGCGCGUCUUCCCGACGACUACGAAGCGACUUCUCUAUUUUUACAUAGCGGCAUAUGGUGUUCCGGUGGUCAUUGUGGCUAUAACAGCAGGGCUAAAUAUCCAAGACUACGGCACUGAGACAUAUUGUUGGAUAGACGUAUCGACAAACACACGCUGGGCAUUCCAUGGACCCAUCAUUGCCAUCAUAGUGGUGAAUGUUGGCUUCUUGUUGGCGGCCCUGCGUGUGCUCUUCCGUCGUGCUCAGCGGAAAGGAAAUGACUAUGAUGCUGUCCAAGCAAGUCUGAAAGGAGCCGUAGUUAUCCUGCCACUGCUGGGAAUUUCCUGGGCAAUGGGACUGCUGGCUGUCAGUGACAACACGCUGGCCUUCCACUACCUGUUUGUCAUCUUCAACUCCCUUCAGGGACUGUUCAUUUUCAUCAUGCACUGUGUCAGGAACCCGCAGGUAAAACGAGCAAUCAAGGCCUGGUACAAGAGAUACAAGGCGCAGAAACGGGACCAACAAGACAUCACCACUUCGGAUAAGUCAUCAGGCUACCUGAAGAAAAUGCGGUCGCAGGUGGCCGAGCAGUCAUCCACGGUCGGUACUGUUUCCACAAACUUCCCCGGGGACACCACGAAAUCUGCAUCAACAACAGCGGGACAGCAUAUGCAGAUGGUCGACUUCAAGUCUGAGAGAACUGACAGUACUGCUGGCGUUAUAGGACUGAUGGAUGAUCCUGAAGGCGAUCUUCCCGCUGCCGCCACAUCGUUUGGCAAGGAGCGUACAAUGUCUGACAGAGGAACUUCCCCCUCGGCACCAGCUCCAGCACCACGAACACUACAGUUUGUAGGCUCUGGUCUAAAGGAGGAUAGUAGCGAUGAUGAAGAUGUAGUUCCGGCAAGCACACCUAUGCUUGCUGAACAGCAACGAGAAACGCCGCUAAUGUCAAUCCCGGCGUCCAUCCCCUCCAGCGGUAGUGAAUCAAGCCUUCAUGGUGCUCAUGUGCAAGUACGAGUAGUUGGAGGAAGGUCUUCUGCCGUGGAGGACCAUGAAGAGAACCGAGCAUCUCAGUCUUACCGCCCAACAUCCUGUUCACCACCGCCAGCCACGUCGGAAACGUUUAGAUCGUCGGUGACGGCAACGUCAGCGUCAGCCAGUCCACCGGCAGCGGCACUUCCUCUGCUCGAUGAUGUCAUGAUGAGCCUGAACAGUAACCGUGCCGGUGACUCAUCAAACACGGCUGCUGGAGCUUCUAGUUCUACAGCCGCUGGUAGUGGUGAGAACACGGCAGACAGCCCUUCUAGAGCACUGCCAUUGCUCGACGACAUCAUGGCCAGUUUGAACAGCAGUUCGGCGCCGGCGACGGGUCGUCAGAGUGUGUCGCCCGGUGACGAUGAUGACGAUGAUCGACAGCAAUGGGCAUCCUUGACAGGCUCGGGGAACGAAGGUGAAACCAGUCUGAGUCGCCGCGACUGGAGAGAUGUCACCGUGACCAAGGACAUUCGCACACGAGUGGGAACCAAAGCCGAUCAAGGUGCAUAUAACGGAACAGCAGGCGUGUAGCAAGUUCCACGACCUAGUGAUGACGACAACUGUGGGGAGUUACACCCAACUGCUACUGGUUACCUAGACAAUAAGACAUCGAAAAAUUCAAAAAAUAUUAUUUCUAAUGAGCUGAAAGUGCUCGUACUGUUCUUGGCAAUCAGGUAUUAGCCAUGACACUGUAACUGGUACUAUUCCCUUGCCUGCUUGUACUGAUUCUUAAUUCUUGAUCAACGCCAUGACAACAGUGAUAACGUUAGUAGAUACUGUCACAUGAUCUAAAUGACUGAACUAAAUGCUCCCAUGCCGGCUGGACCUUUGCUGAGUGCUGAAACCAAUUUGAUCCCGAAAGCUGCAGUGAUAUUCUUUAGUGACAAUUCAAUGAUAAGUGCGUACUCGUAUACCUGCAUAUACCUGCAUAUGCGCCCGCUCCGUUAUAGUAUGCUGUGUGCUAGCUGUAGCUGUGAUAGCCAUCUAAUGUUGCAUCAUCAUAAUUGUAGUGCUAGUGUGAGUCAUAUAAUUAUACACUGACUGGACUUACAGGUGUUACAGGUAACCAUGGUAACACAGCAGCCAAUCAUCGGAUCUAACCUUGCCUACAGCAGUGUGCAGCUUACUUAAAAGCGCUGACAAUAAGCUGAUAAAACUGCCACAUUUGCUUCUUACAAUUCAUUUCUUCAAUAAGAGCGCGUAGUGCAGUGCACUAGUGGCUCAUUAGCUUAUAAUACAACGUAGGCCAACCAG